AUGGCUCCUCACUUUUCCGCGCAGCGCGUCUCACUAAUAUUUGGAGGCUUGUUCGUUUUCUUCAUCACGUUUGCGUUUACAUUUAACGACUCGUUAAGGAAUCAUGUUUUACCUGGCAGACCGCAUACCAGCAAGUCGAAGUCCUCAUCACAGCUGAAUUCGGAAACGAAACUACAUGUCCUACUGCCGGCUUCUCGUGGAGCGGUCGAUAUGUGCAAGACACUGUUGACUGGAGCGAUUCUGGGAUAUCCCACGCCAACCCUGAUCGCGUGGGGAGGGAUAUUCAUGGAGGACAACACACUUGGAGGUGGCAGCCAUAUUGCCAAGAUAUCCGGCGUUAAGGAUUACUUGGAUGCUAUGGAUCCUUCUACAGAUGAUGACUUGAUACUUAUGAUGGAUGCAUAUGAUAUAUGGUUACAACUACCCCCAGAGGUGCUCAUCAGCCGUUACUACUCUAUGAACGCAAAAGCAAACAAACGCCUCGCCACUAAAUUGGGGCAAGCUUACGAUAAAGAGGACAUUCGCCAAACCAUCAUCUUCGCUGCAGGAAAGCGUUGUGCUCCAAAUAAGCUGCAUACGAUUGCGUGCUAUCCGAUCCCGGAUUCUCCCCUUCCCGAUGAUACCUACGGCUCAAACACAGACACAGUCAUGGGGAGAAACAAAUACACCAGUCUCAAGCAGAGAUAUCUCAACUCAGGAUACAUCAUUGGUCCACGGAGAGACUUGCGCAAACUUUUCCAUCGUGCCGCCGAGAAGGUUGAGUCAACACCGGCACUCGAUCCUUGGGACAACGGCAGCGGCGAGGCCAACAACAUGUAUCGUGGAAGUGAUCAAUCGAUCUUUUCGACCAUCCUUGGCGAGCAGGAAUAUCAACGUGAGGUCCUCCGCAGGAGGCAUCUCACAAAAGAAGAACGUCUUCUUGGCAAAGAGAAACCAACGCCUCACCAAAUUGAAGGCACUAUCAUCGCUGAUCCGCUCAAUCCGCCUUAUACGCAUGAGCCGGGUGAAAGCAAAAAGGGGAGACCAGACGAGUAUGGAAUUGGACUAGAUUACUUUUCCGACAUGGGACUCCAGACAGUGAAUGCGGAGGAGGACAUGGAAUUUCUCCUCUACAACACGAGUAUCACGGAGCAAGUGCAGCAACGACAGCAUCACUUCCAUGGAAUCUUCGACUGCCCUAAUCGCAUUGGGCAGGACCUGGCGGGGGACAUACUGGAAAGUCAGCCGCCUCAGACCGCACUGACGGGCUCUGGUCACUGGAAUGAGCUCCCCCUCGCAUCGAACUUGUGUACCGGGACAGUGCCCGUCAUGAUCCAUCAUAAUGGCGAUAAGAAUGCGAGAGCGUGGCAGUGGCCGAUGACUUGGAUGCAGCCGCUCGCAAGGGAGCUAAUGCGAGACAUCGUAUCCAAGAAUCCUCCAGUCCCGGGUCUGAAGGGGAUUGGUGGAGCUUAUUUGCCGGGAGGAGGAUAUUUGGAUUGGCAGACGCUGUGUCCAAGCAACUAUGAGUAUGAGCUAUUUCGUGAUGUCGAGCCGCCAGAAGAAGCACCUCCGCCAGCAUAG